GAAAACCUCUACUUGGAGUCUUAUCCUUUUACAACAGCAGCUGCUCUAGUUGGUUCCGUUGAUAAGAAAAUUUUUGUGUUGUUGAGAGAUGGAAGAAACCUAUUUGGUGUUCUAAGGACUUUUGACCAGUAUGCUAACUUGGUUCUACAGGACACAAUAGAAAGAAUUUAUCUAUUGGAGAAGAAGUUAUACGGAGAAACUUUUCAAGGAAACUUCUUGAUUAGAGGCGAAAACGUUGUAAUGUUUGGAGAACUAAACAUUGAUAAGGAGGAUGUCCAUUUGGAGGACUUUAAAAAAAUUGAAUUCAAAGAGGCCGAAAAGACUUUAAAUGAAAUACAUCAAAAAACGAUUAAAACGGAAAAGGAAAAUUCAAAGAUAUUUUUAAAAAAUGGUUUAACAAGUGAUUUUACAAAAAGCGAUUUAUACUAG